AUGGAAGAAAAGUAAUAAGUUAAGGACAUAUCAGCCUCUCUCAAUGCCCUUCUCAAUAUCAAGUCCCAAAGACAAAUGAGGCCAAACUAAAAUAAAAUUACAGGUGGGUAUGCAAUGAAUGAUGGGUUACAGUCAAAUCAUAAGUUGAAAUAUUCAAUGUAAAACGAAUAUUUUGGACAUAAUUUCAUUGGAAAUCAGUUAAGUGACAUACAGAAACAAAUAUCUGAAAAAUACACAAGAGUAGAUGAGGAAGUUAAUACAUAAGAUCCAAGUUAAGGAACUGAAACUACUUCUUAUUAACAAAUAAGAACUUCUCAGGGAAUCGCUCUUACUAUUACAAGUAAUCAAAAAAUAUCGAAUGAAGGGAAUAAAUAUAAUUCAUUUCUAAGUGGUGAUUUGUGCUUUUACUCUCGAGACGAGGACUAGCAGGAUAAAUCCUAAAGAAAUAAUUCAGAUGCAUUAGAAUCUCAAGAUGCUUACUACAAUUAAAACGAUGCCUAGGAGAUUCCCUCAUCGAAAAAGUCUAUGAGUAUGGAAAAACUAAAUUUAAGAAUUCCUCUGGAUUCAACUUUAUUUGGAGGAAAUAAUGAUGAAACCCAAAAGAAAAUAAUUUGUGAUUUAGAUGAUAUUAACAAGAUUCAAUUAGAAGAUUCGAUGAUAUCAAAUGAAUCCUAGAAUUUAUAAAAGCGAAACUAGCAGUCUCAAUCAUAGCUAGGAAUGAUAUCGUAGACUGAAAACUUUAAGAAAUUGUUGAAAUAAAAAGGAAGAUAAGAACAUAGUGUCGAGCCUCCUUUGUAAAACAAAUAUAAGAAUUUGUAAAAUUUUUCAAAUUUAAUCUCCAGAAACAAUUAGUUAGGAAUUUAACCUAAGACACUACAAUCUGAGUAAUUACAGCCCAGCAUAUUUGGCAUUAAGCUUUCUCCACAAAUCAAUAGUAUUGAGGCUAAAGAUCAUUAUCAAAAUAAGUAAAUCAUUCAAAUUAUCAAAAACUAGCAGCAAAAUAUUAAGCCUCCUAAAUAGAAAAGAAAUAAUGGAUUUCCCUUGAUCAGGCCAAGUAAGAUUGAAAAAGAUGAGUUAAAUAAUAAUGUGAUUUCAAUUAACGAGUCCAAUAUCUCUUAAGUAUACAACAGAUCAACAAGUAGAAAAUCCAUAAAUAGAAGAUUGAUUAUAUCAGAAUAAUCAAUUCAUAGAAUAAAUCCAAACGAAACAAGAGAAAGAUUCAUACCAAGUUCUACCAAUCCAGAUGGAUUAAGCUUGAUGAUUAGCGAUCAAAAUUUAGAAGCUAAAUAAUAAAUCAAUAUCUCUUAGACUCCAAAUUUUUAGAUAUAACCACUUAAACUACUAAAUAACCCUGUAAAGCAAUCUAUCUCGACAAAAUCUAAUAAAUAAUAACAAUAUUAUUAUCAAUAAAAGCAAGAUUCUCCCCUUGAAUCACUGUCAUCAACUUAAUAGACUUCUUAAUAGUAUUAGAACUUUCCAAUUUAAGACACAAUGAAGAAGAAAUAUAAUGCAUUAAUCCUGAAUAAUUAGGACAAGUAUCUCAAAAUAAAAUAAUUAGCCCAUUAAAAUUUAACCAACGUAAGUGUUGGGAGUUCAUCUCUGUCCAGAUAAGGAUUCACUCCAAGCCGCAUUAGUAACUAAAAACUAUAGAGGAUAAGUUUGCUUCGACAAUCUUAACAACAGUAAGAUAAUCAAGAGUAGUUGAUAAACAGCAAUCAAUAACAACAGCAAAUGGCUAGCAAUUUAGGGAGUAUAGAGUUUAAGGGAAAUUUAUCACAAUUUAAAAAGCAAAGUACCUUCAAACUUAAUUCAUUAAUAAACAACAAUUUAAAUACAAACAUUAUAAAGCAUACUACCAAUGAGGGAGAUAGUUUUAAUAACACAUUUAUGGACAGAAAUCCUACUGUCUCAGAGAAGAUUUAGAUAGAUUUUGCACACUCUCUUGAUCAUGAACAGAUAAUAUCGCAAAUCAUUUAACAGAGAAAGUCAACUGCUUAAAAAAAUCUCAAGAGACUUAGUCGAAAUUAGCUAGUAAUUCCCAAAAGUAACACAUCAGAGAGUUGCUUUAAUGAGCAGCUAAAUGAUAAUAUUAGAUAAUUGUAGCAGAACAUUUCGUAAACUAUCAAUAAUAACAAAAAUAAUAUUAAUAUACUAUGA